UUUUUCUGCCUGCCCAUGUUGAGCUGGGAGAUUAGAGCAAUCAGAUUAGGAGUGCUGCUGACCUGCAGGCAGAGGAGAGCGAGAGUGGGCAGCUCAGUCAUACAGAGCUCUUUCUACCUUGCUCAAUGUUUUCCACUACUUCAGUUUGUUUGUGAACCUGUUUCCCUAGAUGUCGGACGACUUUUAUAUCAUUCCAUAAGAGGUUUGUCACAGUCUGAUGACCCCUUCCAGGGGCAAAGCUGCGGAGCAAUGAAGACAGGCUCUCAAAUCCGCCUGUUGCUGUGGAAAAACUGGACCCUCCGCAAGAGACAGAAGGUCCGCUUCCUGGUUGAGAUCUGCUGGCCUGUGUUGUUGUUUGUUGGGCUGGUGUGGCUGAGGAAGGCCAAUCCACUGUACCAACAACAUGAAUGUCAUUUCCCCAACAAGGCCAUGCCUUCAGCAGGGAUUCUGCCCUGGAUCCAGGGCAUCUUCUGCAACAUCAACAACCCCUGCUUCAGAUAUCCAACCAGAGGAGAGUCUCUGGGCGUUGUCUCCAACUAUAACAACUCAGUAUUGGCACGGUUCUAUGUUGAUGUCCAGGAGCUUCUGCUCAAUGAGGCAGAGGUCCAGCAGCUCGGCCAGCUUUGGCAUGAAAUGUCCUCCUUCUCAAACUUCAUGGAAACGUUACGCACCAACCCAUCUAUGGUGUCAGGCCGUGGGCUGAAGAUAGAUGAUAUUCUGAAGGAUGACGAGGUUUUCACGGCCUUCCUUUUGGAAAACGCCAACCUCCCGGAGUCUAUAGUCUACCAGCUCGUCAAUGCAGAAAUACGACUCGAACAGUUUGCCUUUGGUAUCCCAGAGCUGCAGCUGAAAGACAUAGCCUGCAGCCAGGCCCUGCUGGAGCGCUUCAUCAUCUUCCCCAGUCGCAUGGGACUCCACGGGGUCCGCAACGCCAUGUGUGCCCUCAGCCAGCAAAGGCUGCAGAAGAUAGAGGACGUCCUCUAUGCUAAUCUGGACUUCUACAAAAUCUUCAAACUAAUGCCUAAGGUUAUGGACAGCAGGUCUGAGGGGAUUGACCUGCACUUCUGGGGGCGGGUUCUUAACGCGACGUCGGGCAAGAUCCGAGUUCUGAUGGAGCGGGAGAGCUCUCAGGAGCUCCUAAAGGCGGUUUCUUCUCUGUUUCAAGCCGGGGAUCCCUCCUCAUUCCCCCAGAUGAUGUCCACUGUGUCGAGCCUCUUCUGUGGAUACCCAGAGGGAGGUGGCUCCAGGGUCUUGUCCUUCAACUGGUAUGAGGACAACAACUACAAGGUGUUUCUGGGGGUCAACGGCACCAAGAACCAUAACUAUGUCUAUGACGACUCUGCCAGUCCGUCCUGCAACGCCCUGAUGCAGACCCUGGAGUCCAACCCUGUCACAAAAAUUGUGUGGAAUUCAGUCAAGCCCCUGCUGAUGGGAAAGAUUCUGUACACCCCCGACUCCCCUGCCGUCCACAAGAUAUUAAAGAGUGCCAACACAACAUUCGAGGAGUUAGAGAGGUUGCAGAACAUGGGCAAGGCCUGGGAGGAGUUGGGACCUCAGCUCUGGACUUUCUUGGACAACAGUGUUCAGAUGCACAUGAUCAGGGACACGCUGAGAAACCCGACAGUGAUGCACUUCAUGGACAACAGUCUGGAGGACACUGACUUCACCACCAAACACAUUCUUAACUUUCUGUACAACGGUCCAGAGGAAUACAGGGAUGCUGACAUGCCCAACUUUGACUGGAGGAACAUUUUUAACAUUGUCGACCAGAUCAUACGCACGUUCAACAAGUAUGGAGAGUGCAUCAAUCUGGAUAAGUUUGUGGCUUACACGGAUGAGUCCCAGAUGACCCAUCAGGCCUUGUACCUGCUGGAGGAGAACAAGUUUUGGGCAGGCGUGGUCUUCAUGGACAUGUUUCCCUGGACCACAAGUGUACCCCCGCAUGUCAAAUACAAGAUCCGCAUGGACAUUGACGCAGUGGAACGCACCAACAAGAUCAAAGACAGGUACUGGGACCCUGGCCCCAGAGCAGACCCCAUAGAGGACCAGAAGUAUAUCUGGGGAGGCUUUGCCUACCUGCAGGACAUGAUUGAACACGGCAUUAUCAAGAUUCACACAGGCAAUGACUGGCCACUCGGCAUCUACGUCCAGCAGAUGCCAUAUCCGUGCUAUGUAGAUGACCUCUUCAUGAUCACACUGAACCGCUGCUUUCCCAUGUUCAUGGUGCUGGCCUGGAUCUACUCUGUGUCCAUGACUGUGAAGAGCAUUGUGCUGGAGAAGGAGCUGCGCCUCAAAGAGACCCUCAAAGCCAUGGGGGUGAACAACGGAGUCAUUUGGUACACAGCUUUCGUCGACAGCUUCAUCAUGAUGACUGCAAGUACGGCGCUGCUCACCUCUAUCGUCAUGGGUGGAAAGGUGCUGAAUUACAGCAAUCCCAUCCUGGUCUUCUUUUUCCUGCUGACUUUCACCGUUGCCACCAUCAUGCAGUGUUUUCUGAUGAGUGUGUUCUUCAACAAGGCCAACCUGGCAGCCGCCUGCAGCGGCAUAAUCUACUUCACCCUCUAUCUGCCGCAUAUCCUCUGCUCUGCCUGGCAGGACCGCAUCACCAAGAACAUGAAGUUGGCUGCUAGCUUGCUGUCUCCAGUGGCCUUUGGCUUCGGCACAGAGUACCUGUCGCGGUAUGAGGAGCAGGGUUUGGGUCUGCAGUGGAACAACAUCAUGACCAGCCCGUUAGAGAAAGACACCUACUCCUUCCUCACCUCCAUCCUGAUGAUGGUGUUUGAUGCUGUCCUCUAUGCCGUCCUGGCCUGGUAUCUGGAUAAUGUCUUCCCAGGACAGUAUGGGGUUGGUCGACCAUUCUACUUCCCAUUUCAGUCCUUAUACUGGCAAACAUCUGCACCCUCACACAUAGAAAUGGCUGCUCAAGAUCCUGAGAAACCUGAACCAGACAACGUUGAGAAGGAUGUUGAGGGCAGGAGCACCCCAGAGACAUACACCUGUAAUGGUUCAGCCAGCAGGAAAGCCUGUAAGCACCAAAGUAAGAGGGAUCAACUGGAGAGAGAGAGGGAGCUGCUGAAACGACAAGAGAAAACACUAGUCCAGGAGGAGGAGUGUCAGGACUUAGGAAGGGAAGGCCAGUUGUUCUUCGAGACCGACCCAUUGGGCCUGGUGAUGGGGGUGCAGAUUCAGGACCUGGUGAAGGUGUUUGAUGGAAGUUCUCGUCCAGCUGUCAACUGUCUCAGCAUCAAUUUCUAUGAAGGCCAGAUCACAUCCUUCUUGGGGCACAACGGCGCUGGAAAAACCACCACUAUGUCCAUCCUGACUGGCCUGUUCCCUCCGACAUCUGGCACAGCCUACAUUAAUGGAAGUGACAUAAGGACUGACAUGGACACCGUCCGCUCCUCCAUGGGGAUGUGCCCUCAGUACAACAUCCUCUUCAAACAUCUCACAGUGGAAGAGCACAUCCUGUUCUACUCACUGCUGAAGGGUCGGACUCAGGAGGAGGCGGAGAGGGAGGUCGAGGACAUGCUGGUGGACCUCGGGCUGCCUCACAAGAGAGACGACGAGGCUCAAAACCUCUCAGGCGGUAUGCAGAGGAAACUGUCAGUUGCCAUGGCGUUCGUUGGAGGAUCAAAGGUCGUGAUCCUGGACGAACCCACCUCAGGAGUGGACCCCUAUUCCAGGAGAUCAAUUUGGGACCUCCUACUAAAAUACCGGACUGGCCGGACAGUGAUUCUGUCCACUCAUCACAUGGAUGAGGCCGACCUGUUGAGUGACCGCAUCGCCAUCAUCUCCAAAGGACAACUCCACUGUUGCGGAUCUCCCCUCUUCCUCAAGAACAGUUUUGGAGUUGGUUUCUAUUUGACACUUGUACGGCGGAUGAAGGAUCUCAAGAAGAAGGAGAAUGAUUGUGACUGUGCCUCAGACUGCUCCUGUGCCUGCUCCAUCUGCACCAGUUACAAAGAUCAGUCUCAGAACCAGUCCCAGCAAAUAGACAGAGCUCUGGAUGGAGAUAUAGACAGCAUCACUAGCCUCAUCCACCACCACGUCCCCGAAGCCACAUUGAUCGAGAUGAUUGGCCAGGAGUUGACCUAUCUGCUCCCUAGUAAGGGCUUCAAACAUCGAGCGUAUGCCAGCCUGUUUAGGGAGCUGGAGGAGACGCUUGCUGACAUGGGCCUCAGCAGCUUUGGCAUCUCUGAUACAUCACUAGAGGAGAUCUUCAUAAAGGUCACUGCCGAUGGAGAAGCAGCGAAUAAUGCCUCCCCUCCUGAACAGUGGACGUUACAGCGGAUAAAAAGCGACAGCAAAGUUGGUGUAGAGGGAGAUGAAGAACAUAAUGGUGUGAUGCAGAAUAAUGGCAUUACCCAUGGUGCAUCAGACAACAGUGCAGGAAAGGGCUCCAGGCAGGUGAAAGGGGCCUCUCUGACCUUAAAGCAGUUCCAUGCGCUACUAGUGAAGAGGUUUCACCACGCCAUAAGAAGCCAGAAAGACUUCCUGGCACAGAUCGUCCUUCCUGCCAGUUUUGUCCUAAUAGCUCUGAUCUUCACGAAAGUCGUUCCUCCAUUUGGAGAAUAUCCAAGUCUGACUCUGACCCCCUGGAUGUACGGACAACAGUUCACCUUCUUCAGUAACGAGCAACCGUUUGACCCCAAAAUGAAACGCUUCACCGAGCGCUUACUGAACAGACCAGGCCUGGGGACACGCUGCAUGGAAGGAGAGCCACUAGAAAUGCCCUGUAGUAACAGCACAUCAGAGUGGGAGAAUCCUGACAUCUCUCCUGUGGUCAGCAACAUCUUACAGAGUCCUGAGUGGAACCAGAGAAACCCGUCUCCUUCCUGCCAGUGCAGCACCAGUAAGAAGCUCACCAUGAUGCCCAUCUGUCCCAUCGGAGCAGGAGGCCCGCCCCCUCGCCAACGGAUCGAGGCCACGGGAGACACGAUGCUGGACCUGACAAACAGGAACAUCUCUGACUACCUGGUUAAAACCUACCCCAGUCUCAUCAGAACCAGUUUGAAGAGCAAAUACUGGGUUAAUGAACAAAGAUAUGGAGGUCUGUCAAUAGGAGGACAGCUUCCCAUCCUGGAUGUUAACCCCGAAGACAUCCAGGAUGCUUUCCACCAACUGGGAAAAAUGCUCAACAUCACAGCGGGUUACUAUUCUGGACUUGCACUGAGGGAGACUGGUCCUUUCUUACGAUACAUGGAAAGUGAAUUCAAUAUAAAGGUAUGUGUAGGAUGGAUAGAUAUGGAUACUUAUGAAUGUAUUGCUUCCCCUUUUAUCUAUAAAAAAAUUUUGAAAAAAAAAAAUUUUUUUGUGGAGUUUGGCAUCACCGCCAUCAACCACCCCCUAAACCUCACCAAAGAGCAGCUUUCUGAGGUCACAGUGUUGACCACUUCAGUAGACGCCGUGGUGGCGAUCUGUGUUAUUUUCGCCAUGUCCUUCAUCCCUGCCAGCUUCGUCCUCUACCUCAUCCAGGAGCGUGCGACCAAGGCCAAGCACCUGCAGUUUGUCAGCGGGGUCAGCCCUUCAGUGUACUGGGUAGCCAACUUCUUCUGGGACAUGGUUAACUACUCUCUCAGCACUGCAAUGGUGGUUGGCAUUUUCAUGGCUUUUGAUAAAAAGUGUUACACAUCACCAUCCAACCUGCCAGCACUGAUAACACUGCUUCUACUGUAUGGGUGGUCGGUGACGCCCAUGAUGUACCCCAUGUCCUAUAUAUUCAACAUCCCAAGUACUGCAUAUGUGUCUCUGUCCUGCAUCAACCUGUUCAUAGGCAUCAAUACCAGCGCCAUCACCUUCAUUCUGGAGCUUUUUGAAAACAAUCAGUCUUUGCUGACAUUCAAUGAGUGGCUAAAGAAAGGCCUGCUGGUGCUACCUCACUUCUGCCUGGGGCGAGGACUGAUAGACAUGGCCAUGAACCAGGCUGUGACUGAUGUUUAUGCCAGAUUUGGCGAGGAGUACACACAGGACCCUUUCCGGUGGGACUUUGUGGGGAAAAAUAUUGCUUUCAUGGCAGUGGAAGGCUUUGUCUACUUUAUUCUCAAUCUUCUCAUCCAAUACCGGUUCUUCUUGGACCACUGGUUAUCAGACUACAAGCAGACUUCAAUACGAGAUGAGGAUGGUGAAGUGGCAGCAGAGAGGCAGAGAAUUUAUAAUGGAGGGAGCAAGACAGACGUCCUGCAGAUCAGAGACCUCUCUAAGACGUAUGUGGGCAGGAAGAGGGCAGCUGUGGACCGGAUAUGUGUGGGAGUCCCUGCAGGAGAGUGCUUUGGUCUUUUGGGAGUUAAUGGAGCUGGAAAGACGACAACCUUCAAAAUGCUGACUGGUGACACAGAUGUCAGCUCCGGUGAGGCUACUGUGGCUGGUUACAGCAUCCGGACAGAGAUUCUGGACGUGCACCAGAACAUGGGAUACUGCCCUCAGUUUGAUGCCAUCGAUGAGCUCCUAACCGGCAGGGAGCAUCUGUACCUCUACGCUCGUCUCAGAGGGGUACCUGAGUCUGAGAUCCGCAGAGUGGCAGAGUGGGGUAUCCAGAAGCUGGGUCUGACAGAGUAUGCCAGCCGCUGUGCAGGGACAUACAGUGGCGGCAACAAGCGCAAACUCUCCACAGCUAUCGCAAUGAUUGGUUGCCCAGCGCUGGUGCUGCUGGAUGAGCCCACGACGGGGAUGGACCCCCAUUCUCGACGCUUCCUGUGGAAUGCCAUCAUGAGUGUCAUCCAGGACGGCAGGGCCGUGGUGCUAACAUCACACAGCAUGGAGGAGUGUGAGGCCCUCUGCACUCGACUGGCCAUCAUGGUCAAUGGGACUUUCAAGUGUCUGGGUACCAUCCAGCAACUCAAAUACAAAUUUGGUGACGGCUACGUAGUGACCAUGAAAAUCAAGGCAGCUAAAGUGGGCUUGCCCCCAGAUCUGGAGCCCGUCGAGAGCUUCUUGGAGAGCAGCUUCCCCGGCUGCGUUCAGAGGGAGAAGCACUACAACACGCUGCAGUACGAGAUCGCCUCCUCCUCCCUGGCCAGGAUAUUUCAGCUGGUGGUGGCCAAUAAAGAAAGGCUCAGCAUCGAAGACUACUCUGUUUCCCAGACAACACUGGACCAGGUGUUUGUCAACUUUGCCAAGCAACAGACAGGCGAGGACGAAGACAUUACAUUACACAGACGAACAGCGGGUGGAAGAAAAGACAUCAAGAUCUCUCCAGUGCAGAGGAAAACAUGAAAAUAUUACCGGUAAAUAUACAGAAACACAGAUGUGAAGGUGUCACUCUGCAGGGCAGCGAUAUAACUUUUCACAUUCCACAAUUUAAAAGGUACUUUCAAUAUUUCACUAGCCAAAUUUCUUUUUAGGGUAGAGCCAAGCAUGACCAGUUAACCUGCCAAAGUGACUGGUAGAACAAUUAAUGUUUCCAGCCACAGACAAACUUAACAGGACUUUAUCUUCCACGAUGUCAUCAAAAACCAAGCAUGUCUGACACAUUACUUAGACUUGAAAUGAUAUGUGUUAACAGCAGUUUGAUGCAAAAACAGCUGGUUCUUCACCUGAAAUAUGUAAAACAAAACUGAUUGACUAGCUUGUAUAAGUCAAUCCAAUCUGUACAUAUAUAUGUAAUGAAUACAUAAGCACCUUAGAAGCAGUAUUUUUUUUAUAUUUACAUUAACGCACACACCUCAAUUUUAUGUGACACAUGUAAACAAAUGUCAUUAAUGUUGGUUGUCUAUUUGUUUUCCAAAACACAUUUACUAAGCAAUAGUAAAUGUGUCCUUUUCAGUCAUUCACUGUUGUACAUUUAAGUAUUGCUUUGUCUGCUGUGUUUCAUACAUUGCCAUGUUAUGCUGUUCUCCAGUGUCAGUACAAAAUAGCACACAAUAUUCUUCUUGAAGGAUUACAUUUGAGACAAAAGGUAAUAACAUAAAUAUAUCUGUACUGUAGAUAAAAAGGAAUUAUAUUUUGUAUCUGACAAGAAAAAAACUUUACCUUGCUUUAUACUUUAUGCUCUUGCCUAGCUGAUUUGUACUGCAUCAUCAAUCCCAAAUAAAAACAAAGUUUCAUAAUGUA